UAAAGGAACUGAAAUCAGUAUCCGGCAUCAUUCAAACUUCGAAUAAUCAAAAGAUUUUAAUCGUCGCAAAAGAUGCGUGCUUUCAUUGUAUUGUGCUUGGUGGCUGUUGCCUGUGCCGACAAAUUGGGCUACAACUAUCAACCCGUUGGCCACUCCGCAAGCGGAUUAUCCUUUACACCUGGCGCCAGUGCUUCGUACAGUGGUUCUUCUUACAGUGGAAAUGCUGGCUCUUCUUUCGGUAGUGGUAGUGGUUCUUCCUUCGGCGCUGGUGCUGGUUCUUCCUUCGGUGCUGGUGCUGGUUCGUCUUAUGGUGGUAAUUAUGGUGCUGCCAGUAACACAGUUGGUUCUUUCGCUGCUCCUGGUGCUACCCUCGAAAAGGAAUUCUAUACAUUCACUGCCAACGAUGCUGAUUUCAAUGAACCUGCUGCCUCCAACAACUACAACACCGCUGCCAAACAAAAUCUCCGUGUUAUCUUCAUCAAGGGCCCCGAAAACAAUGGCUUGGAAAAUGCUGUCCUCGGUUUGGCAAAGCAAGCUGCUGAACAAAAAACUGCCAUCUAUGUUCUCAACAAACAACCUGAUCUCUCUGGUUUGGCUGAUAAAUUGAACUCUGUCAACAGCAACGUCAACCACAAGCCCGAAGUUCACUUUGUCAAGUACCGUACCCCUGAAGAUGCCGCCAACGCCCAACGUGCCAUUCAAAGCCAAUACGACAGUUUGGGUGGUACCUCUCAAAGCUUCAACGGUGGUGUUGCUCCCGCCUUGAACUUUGCCUCUCAAGCUUCUCAUGGAUCCUACGGUGCUGGUUCUGGUCAAUCUUCCUACGGCGUCGGCUCUCAAGGAGCCUACAGCACCAACUCUGCCAGCUUUGCCCCAUCUGUUGCUGCUCCCAGUGCUAACUACCUACCCGCUUCUCUUUUGCGUCGUCUCCGCCACAAAUAAAUUAAUUAUUAAAAUUUAAUAAUUCAUUUAUUUAGUCUGGAGUAUGAUUAAAAUCUUGAAAUUUUUUUUGACCUUUUUUUUCGCGAAAAAUAAAAUUUUAAAUUUUCACUAAAAA